GAACAGGUCAGUGAGCGGUGCCCGGAGCCUGCUUCCCCCGACAGUCCUUUCCAGCCUUUGCACAGCUUGACUACACCAGACCCUGAAAGUUUUGAGUUGUUUUUUUUUUAAGUGGCCAGAAAGAGGAAAAGUGAAAAAUGGGAGGAAUGAAAUACAUCUUUACCUUGCUGCUAUUCUUUCUUUUCCUAGAAGGAAGCAAAACAGAGCAAGUAAAUCAUUCAGAGACACAUUGCAUGUUUCAAGACAAGAAAUACAGAGUGGGUGAGAGAUGGCAUCCUUAUCUGGAACCAUAUGGUUUGGUUUACUGUGUGAACUGCAUCUGCUCAGAGAAUGGAAAUGUGCUUUGCAGCCGAGUCAGAUGUCCAAGUCUCCAUUGCCUCUCUCCUGUGCAUGUUCCUCAUCUGUGCUGCCCUCGCUGCCCAGAAGACUCCUUACCCCCAGUGAACAAUAAAGUGACCAGCAAGUCAUGCGAGUACAAUGGGACCAUUUACCAACAUGGUGAGCUGUUCAUGGCUGAAGGACUCUUUCCGAACCAGCAACCCAAUCAAUGUACCCAAUGCAGCUGUUCGGAGGGGAAUGUGUACUGUGGUCUCAAGACUUGUCCCAAGUUAAACUGUGCAUUCCCUGUGUCUGUUCCGGAUUCCUGCUGCCAGGUAUGCAGAGGGGAUGGAGAAUUGUCGUGGGAACAUUCUGAUGGUGAUAUCUUCCGGCAACCUGCCAACAGAGAAGCAAGACAUUCCUACCACCGCUCUCACGAUGAUCCUCUGCCAAUCCGACAGACUGCAGGUCUUCCCCGCUUUCCUGGGACCAGAAGUCACCGGGGAUCUCUUAUGGAUUCCCAGCAAGCCUCAGGCACCAUUGUGCAGAUUGUCAUCAAUAACAAACAUAAACAUGGACAAGUGUGUGUUUCCAAUGGAAAGACUUAUUCUCAUGGCGAAUCCUGGCACCCUAACCUCCGGGCUUUUGGUAUUGUGGAGUGUGUACUGUGUACUUGUAAUGUCACCAAACAAGAAUGUAAGAAAAUCCACUGCCCCAACCAAUACCCCUGCAAGUACCCUCAAAAAAUAGAUGGAAAGUGCUGCAAGGUGUGUCCAGGUAAAAAGGCAAAAGAACUUCCAGGCCAAAGCUUUGACAGCAAAGGCUACUUUUGUGGAGAAGAAUCAAUGCCCAUAUAUGAAUCUGUGUUCAUGGAGGAUGGGGAGACUACCAGAAAAAUAGCACUGGAGACAGAGAGACCACCUCAGGUCGAGGUCCAUGUUUGGACCAUUCGAAAAGGCAUCCUCCAGCAUUUCCAUAUUGAAAAGAUCUCCAAGAGGAUGUUCGAUGAGCUCCAUCACUUCAAGCUUGUGACCAGGACAACCCUGAGCCAGUGGAAGAUAUUCACUGAAGGAGAAGCUCAGGUCAGCCAGAUGUGUUCAAGUCGUGUGUGCAGAACAGAGCUUGAAGAUUUGGUGAAAAUUCUGUACCUGGAAAGGUCUGAAAAGGGUCACUGUUAGAUGAGACAGACAGUAUUGAAUAGGGUAAAGCAAGCAAACUCAAGCUGCAGCUGGACUGCAGGUGUAUUUUGCUUAAGUCAGCAGUGCUCUAAAACCCAAACUCAAAUGCAGCUAAUUAUUCAUGCCAUGCACAGCAUAACUUGCUCCUUUAUGUGGAAUAGUGUGUCAUCCCUUAAACACCUUCUCCAAAGAGACUAGAUAAGUCUUGAAUUAUUUGUAGGAAGAAGAGAAAUGGAGCACCAUAACUUUUCUCUAGUUUCUAGGAGAAUCACAUUUCUUUACAGGUUAAAGAGUAAACAAAACCCCUGGGUUUUUAUUCAGAAAGUUAUUCCAAUGAAAGAAAGAGAAGGGAAUUGCUUCUUAGCAGGAGUUCUGUAGUACAGAGAAAAUAUUUGUAUAAAAUUAUACUCUUCAAAUUUUAGAAUGUCUUGUGUUCUUUCUUAAAAAUUCUCUCUCACACACACACUAGAGUACAGCCUUUAUUAUGAGGCAAGGCCAACAUAAGACUCUCCCCUUCUUUCCUUGUCCUGAUUCCCAAGUAGCUUGGCAGUUGUUGGUACCCAAGAGAGUAAAUAAGGGACUGUGAGCAGAACGCUCUGCCCUUGGGCCUGUGAUGAGGUUGCUGAAGUCACCAACUAUGGUGGCAUGGUGAACUAUAAGAAUAUCAUGCUAUGACUGCAUUCACUUUGAAGUGGUAAAUAACUUUUCCCUAAUGAUACCACUUCCCUUCUCUCCAUGAACCUACUGGGCCUCCAUAAAGAAGUUAGAAUUGGCUAAUAUUUUCAGAAAUUUAAUCCAUAUUAGACAAAUAAUUGUUGCACAAAGAAGUUGACAGACAUCAACAAGUCCAUUUUUGUGUUUUCAAGUCAGUAACGGUCACCAAUUAAUAGCACAAUACUCACCAAUUUUCUUGGGACCAUUGUUCUCUAGUUCAAAAAUUUAGGUGAAAUGAUUAAACUCCAGGAGCUCCUUAAAAGGGCAGUUUCUCUUCUCCAAUUGCAAGAGUAGAUUUUUUCUUCAUACAGGGGCUCAGUCUUCAUGACCCUCUGAGUGUCAGCUCUUCCUUUAGGAGGAUUAUUGCUUAUUUGGGAAGAUGGUAAUUCUGAUAUUGAUCUUUAUCAUAAACUUUCCUGCCAUUCUUAUCUCACCCACCAAGCAUGGAUUUCAAUUAUGGAUCCUAGAGAAGGCUGGUCCAAAAAUGUCUACUUGCAGCCCAAUACCAGAACAUAAAUUAUCCAUUUUGAGGUCUGGCUUUAGAAAGUAUUUCUGUGGGAAAACUAUAAAUUCUCCAUCACAAAGAUAUCAAGCCUUCCUUUUAGAUUUACCUCCUCUAAAGGACAUGAAUGAAUUCUAGUGAGUACUUAAAAAUAUUAAGGACCUGGAAAUCCAAGAUUUCACACUCUAUGACUAGAGGUGAAAUGAAUGUUUUCAUAGAGUAUUUGAUAGCAAUAGGGAAAAAUAUAAAAAGUUCAGUCUUAUGGCAAGUUGGCAUUAAGGAGUCAGUUCUCAUGAAAGAGACACAGGGGUUUUAUGGCCAGGCCUUCAUGGGACAGCCACUCACCAGCCCCUCACACACAAUCUCCUCAGGGAAGGGAGGUAAGACAUCCAGGGAUGAAAGACCACAGUAUUUCCAUAGUGUGGAAAGAAGUAACCGAUCCUGCAGCAAAGUGGUGAUUUCCCCCUCUUGAUGACUCACCCCAAAGCCUUCCUGCCCAGGUGUUCUCUGAAAGCUCAAUCUUCAGGGAACACCCAGAGAGCUUCCCUAAAUAGAUUCCUACCCCCAGGUGAUAAGACACCUUUCCAAAGUGCUGUAUGAAGCAGGAGCUGGGGGACUGUGCUGAGCCAACAUAGAAAGUCUCCAGUGUUUGGUGUUCUGUAGGGAACAGAAGAUAAGAAGCAGCAGCCAAGCACCUAUAGUUAGUAGAAAGGAAUGGAUGCGGUUCUUCUUGUGUAUUUAUUUGUACCAUAAAUACUUGGAAUAACAAAGACAAUAAGUACCAUUUAGCAGUUGUAGCUAUCUUAUAUAGUUAACUCAUGUGAACAAUUAAGGGUAAUGUAACAGCAUUAUCCUUUCACUCUUACCACAGGACAUGUACCUAAAUGUGGUACUUAUAU